AUGGGCAAUCCGGACGAUGACGAUGUCCGCUGUUUCGACCCUUCGGUUUUGGAAGCCUCGGCCUCCCAUGAUAGCCAUGAUUUCGAGGACCUCUUCCUUCGCCCAUCCAGCGCUGCGCAGAUGUCUGACGCCCUGUCGUGCUUCUCCGAUUUAACAUCGAAGGGGUCUGUGAACGUACCUCCAGCUGUCACUCAAGCCACAUUGUCACCGCCCAAUACUCGAUCAGAAUCCCCCGAAGAUUCGAGUAAUGGAUCGCUAGCAAAUUCGCCUAUCGGGCAUGCGCGGAAUACUUCUUUACUGUCAAACCCUUCGGAGGCUUUCAGUCCUGGGAGCAUCGGGACGGACCAGUUUCUGCCGUCCACCUGGCCAAACUCUCAGGACUUCACAGUUGCCAAUGGAAGCUUUGGCACACAAUGUGGUGGCUCCCUAUCGGUCAAACAAGAAUAUAUUACAGAGUCGGAUAUUGAGAUGAGCAAUAAAGCGAUGGAUUCUGCGUUUGACUUUGAAAGUGCUGCUAGCAGUCCUAGCCCUUUAGCAGCUGGUGCCUCCGCAGAGAAAAGGAAACCUGAACAACCAAAAGAAGCGCUUCCUCCAACCCCAACUGAAAUAUCAAACGAUCGAAAUGCAUCCGGUUCAUCUCCGUUCGCUUUUCACCGACCUAAUGACCCUUAUGCCACCUUCCCUAGGCCUAUAGAUAGCUUCAAAUACUGGAAUGGCGUCUCUUCUCCAUCCGAAUUAGAGGGAGCACUCGGAAGUAUCAGCAUGAAUGGCCCUUCACCAUUGCAUACUACCUUAUCGCCAAGUCUCAAUUUCAAAUCGUACGCAUCUCCUUUCGAGGCCUCCGGUUAUCAUCCGUCGCUAGUCUUCCCCAUGAGCGAUGCAAAUGCCAUGUUUCACCCGGCCUUUGGUUUUGAAGGCUAUGUCCGCCCACGCCUCAUCGUUCAUCCAACUGCACUGAAGUCCCGGGUCGAAACGCAGAUACCCAUCAAACUGACCAUGUAUCCUAUGCCCCCUGGAGUAAAACGAUUACGACUUCCCACAUACACAAUAUCAAAACCGAAAUUUUUUGCCAAACCUGAUAUGCCACCCUCUCCUGAUAUUUUUGAGUUGUAUGUUAGCGUUGUCUGCACGAGUGCCAUGCAAGAUAAGAAGAAGCAGGAAAAAGCAUUUGCUAGAGCACGUGGUGAAAAAAUACCUGUCCAGUCACCCGGAAAGGAGGACGACGCAGAAGACCACCAGGAUGAAGAUGAGAGCCCACUAAAAGGUGGUGAAGUGAAAAUUUGCGCAGGUUGCAUCCAGCGAGAGCGGAAGAGGGCCUCGCGGAAGAAGCAGAGGAAACCGGAGGAAGAUGAAUUGUUUCAGAAGGAUGAGGACAAACGAGUAAUCGUGUUUAAUACAACUGAAAUGAAAGAUUGGGUUGAUCCUCCAAGGAUAACUUCGUCUAGCGGCGCCGAGGCGUCGACUCCUCCGCCUCCUCUUGGGUCGAUGCAAGUCGAGCUACCAAUGCGAAUCGCUUGUUAUUGUCGGCAUCAGGGAGAAAAAAUGGGAUUUCAGGUAAUUUUUACCAUCAAGGAUUAUCUGGGUAAAGUCAUUGCUCAAGAAAUGACUAACUCUAUAAUGAUCACUGAUGACCACAAAACCCAUACGCCAUCAAACCAGGCAUUACCAAAUUCUGCUCCCACAGACAGUCAAUCCUCAAAUGGGAAGGCGAGCGGGCCUGUUGAUAUGGGAAAACAGUUUAUUCACCAAGCACCAUUUAAAUUAUCUCAUUCUGCCACAGAUUUGCAAGCUCUACGCAAUCAGCAGUACCCUCUGACUCCUGGGCCAUUUAACCCUUCACAAGGCCUAGUUACUAACGGUGCUGUCGCUACUCGUGGUCUUUUGAGACAAGCCCCCUCGAGGGAUUUGCCAGGUCCCUUGGCGAAGCGCAGGAAGCAAAAUGGUACCGGGAAAAUCCCCAGUGGACUCACUAUGACUAAAGUGGAUGGUUCUUCGAAUGCAACGCCUCAGAAAUCCAAGCUGGGUGCUUCCGGGUCGUCUUCGCAGGCCAAUGCGCCUUCUAUGGUAACCCAGUUUGGAAAUGGUCCGCCAACGCCGAAUGCUUCGGAUUCAGCGUUCUUUAGUCCCCGGGAUAGACCUCAGAGUGUUGAAAACAUCGCUCAGCAGUCGCUUAUCUCUGCUCCUAGCUCAGCCCAACCAAGUCGCCCAGGAACUCCUGGCAGCUCCUCUCGUGCGGGACCACUCGAGCAAGCCGUUAGCAGCGUCCCGAACCCUUCUCUACAAGCACAGAUGUGGAGUAUACCGCCUCAAGCACCUCAUCAGAUUCCCCCGAUGAUUCACAAGCUUGUUCCUGCAGAAGGUUCUACCACUGGAGGUAGCGAGGUUACUUUGUUAGGUAGUGGGUUUUUCCCCGGUAUGGAGGUUGUUUUCGGAGAUACUUUAGCGACAACCACGACUUUCUGGGGAGACAAAUGUUUGAAUUGUCUCACACCACCCGCUUUGCAACCUGGAACUGUUCCCGUGGUCUUUAAACAUGAACAUCCACGCUUUGGCCAGGUUCAACAGGCGCCUACAAUUAUGCCAAAGCAGCAAACUUUCUUCCGUUACAUUGAUGAUCGAGAAUUGCAAAUGUACCGCGUCGCUUUGGGUAUCCUUGGCCAGAAGCUUAGGAACCCUGCAGAUGCAUAUCACACUGCGCAGCAAAUUAUGGGAGGUGACCCCAACGCCUUAUGGAAUAUUCAAAAUGGCUUCCAAGGGGGACAGCAAAGAGGCAACGGUAGCACCUCGCAGAACGGCAGCAUGGCUGAGCUAGACGCGAAAAUGCUUGUUUACCUCGAAUUCAUGGACCUUGACGAUACACCAGGUGCACCCAAAUUUAAUUUGCGGUCUCCAGCUGGGCAGACGCUUUUGCAUCUUGCAUCGUCUUUAGGCUUGACUCGCUUUGUUGCUGGGCUCCUUGCGAGGGGUGCUAGCCCUGAUGUGCAAGACAACAACGGCAACACCCCCCUACACCUGGCGGCAAUCAGUGGACAUACCCAUAUCGUCCAUCGUUUGCGACUUUCUGGCGCCAAUGUUGCAGCACGAAAUCUCCGAGACUUUACGCCAGCCGACCUUGCGUCUUCGUUAGAGGUCCACCAGGCUGUGCUUAUUCCUUCACAACACUACCGGUCUAGAAGUGUCGGAUCAGCCCCAUCGUUGCGCCGGCGUUUAAGCUCUGGUUCUCUCAGUGAGUUCUGGGAUUCAUCAUCCUCUGGAGAAUCUGCCGAAGUCGUGGGGGAUCCAUCAGGAGCCUCGGACGCGGAAUCUUCUGAAGAGAAUACGGAUGGUAGAGAUACUGCGGUUUACCCAUCAACCUCAAGUCGCCCAAGCGCACUUCCUCAGAGCCCGCCGAGAUAUUUCUUGACUGGAUCUCGCGACAGUACUCUUCAGCCUCCAGAUGGCCUACCCGCUGUAGAACGCGAAUCGAAUGCAGAGGCCGGAAGGGGGUUUUCGCCUCCCGCUGCUUUGAUCGCUUGGCGCAAUCAACUGGCUGCCCAAAUAAACCACUUUCACCAGAAUGUUAAUCGAGCAUUUCCCAAUUUGCCCGCGUUACCGCCAAUGCCCACUAUACCUGAUUAUCAAACGCAUCCGAUGAUACAGCGGAUCAGCUCUCUUGUUCCACACCGACCGACAACUUCCUGGUCCACGAAUAUCAUGAAAGAUAGCUGGGAUCGAUUGACGGGCAAUUCAUCCCCACCUGCAUAUGAAGAAUUGUACCCAGCCAAAAAAGCGGAUGAAGGCCAAGAAACCAAGAAAUCAUCGGUGGUGGAAGCUGCGCUUGACGCUGCGGUGGAUCAACAUUUCGAGGCUCAAUCGAAACCUUCGUCUUCGUCUACAACUGUAGAUCUCAAGGAAGACCUUGGCGACGUGCGUAUUGGGCGCAAAACCAUAUCACGACAGCAACAGGAGCAACUUCGAAAGGCUCAUGCCCUGAAAAUGAAACGCAUUCGCAGUGACCGGAAUCUAUUCUUCAUCUGGCUAUAG